CUAACAUGCAUAAAAAUCGAGUUUGAAUGAAAAAUUAAGUAGCACAUCCAAUGACUCAAUUUGAUUGGAUUUCCGAUUUUUUGUGGCGAAGAGAGUGAGUUCAGCUAUGUGAUGCAUAUUUUGGGAGAGACUUAAGUGAUUCGAUUCGAAAAGUUUGAAGAUAUUUUAAGAUUGUGGAUAAAUGGUAAAAAGGUUGAUACGACAUGUGAUGUGUGAAAUAAAUCGUAAAAGAAGAAAAUCUAGCAUCAAAAAAAAGUGAAUGGCAAAAAGUUGUCGAAGAAAAGAUCCAGUAAAGUGAAAAUCAGCAUCCAAAAUAAAAAGAAAAAGAAAAUAGGUUUUGAAAAAAGAAAAAUUAAAAUAGUGUUGAUAAAUAUAUUGGCUAGCAGCACAAAAAUAGUUUAAAAAAGUGAAGUAAAAAUUAAUACAGAAAAAUGGCAUACGCAAAGCCCAACGAUCUCGAUGGCUUUAUUAUGUUAAUGGCCAAAUCCGAUAUGCGAAUUAAAACACAGCUGGCUGAAGACCUAGUGAAUUAUUUGAGUGAUCACGAGAAUUCCUUGCUAUGUAACGAUUUAGGACUAUUAAUUGAUGCACUUAUUCCUUGGAUGACGGGAAGUCACUUUAAGAUUGCACAGAGAGCACUUGAAUCAUUCACAGAAUUAGUACACAGAUUGGGACAGGAUUUUAACGCAUAUACAGCGACCAUCCUUCCUCAUGUUGUCGAUCGAUUGGGUGACAGUCGUGAUACAGUGCGAGAAAAGGCUCAGCUACUAUUACAGAAAUUAGUUGAAAGUCGCGUAUUAACAGCGCAAUCAUUAUUAGACAAGCUUGUAAAUUGUUUUAAACACAAAAACGCAAAGGUUCGGGAAGAAUAUCUGCAGACGAUUGUGACAACUUUGAAUGAAUGCGGAACACAAGCUGUAGCUGUUAAGUCAUUCAUAACACCAAUAGUAAUUCUUUUGGGCGAUCCAACUGCGACAGUUCGUGACGCUGCAUUUCAGACAUUAGUUGAGAUUUAUAAGCAUGUCGGUGAUCGAUUAAGAAUAGAUUUACAGAAGAAGGAUGUACCACAACAAAAAUUAGCAAUUUUAGAGCAGAAAUUUGAUGAAGUAAAGAACGAUGGUUUACUACUGCCAUCAGCAAUAAGUGCAGUCCAAUCAAAUUAUGAUGAAAUUGAUACAGCAUCUUUAGGACCACCAGCACGACCUACAAAACUAGUUAAAAGAACAAUGUCGGCUGUAGCAUCGAAGAAACCUGGCCUUACUGAGAUUCUCAGUGGAAGUGGUGAAAACAUGACAGCACAAGCAGGAGCUAUAUCUCAGGAAAUUUUCGAAGCAGCUUUCGAACAAGUUCCACAAUUGAAUAUAUUCGGACAAAGAGAUAUUGAUGAGCUAAUGAAGACAAUUAAUGGAGUUAUUGGUGAUAAAAACAUGGAUUGGGAAAAGAGAGUUGAUGCACUCAAGAAAUUGCGUUCACUAUUAAUGAAUAACGCUCAAUCUAAUCCUAAUUUUCAACAACAAUUAAAGGACUUAUCUAUUUCAUUCCUCGACAUUCUCAAAGAAUUGAGAUCACAAGUUAUACGCGAAGCGUGCAUAACUCUUGCAUACAUGUCAAAAUUAUUGCGAAAUAAGUUGGAUCAGUUUCUUGCAUACAUCCUACAAGAAUUAAUUAAUUUAAUUCAAAAUUCAGCAAAAAUCAUUUCCAGUGCCGGAACGUUAGCACUCAAAUAUGUUAUUAGAUAUUCGCAUAUACCUAAACUACUUCCAAUUAUCACAUCUAAUUUAUUGCAAUCUAAAUCAAAAGACAUUCGUUCAAAUUUAUGUGAGCUCCUCAUUAUGAUUUUUGAGGAAUGGCCAACAAAAGCUCUCGAAAGACAUCACACAUUGCUUAAGGAUGCUGUCAAGAAAGGAAUAACCGAUGCUGACGCUGAAGCACGACGACACAGCAGACGAGCAUAUUGGAGCUUUCGUAAGCAUUUUACGGCAGAAGCAGAUCAAUUGUACGGAUCAUUGGACAUUGCAACACAAAGGCAGGUGGAAAAGGAAAAGGAUUCAGGUGGUUCGAAUGGUACAAAUUCUAUGAGUGCAAGUCUUCGUGGAAGUAACACAAGUUUAAAUUCUAUGCCCGGUGGAAGUGUGUUGAAACGGCGACAAUCGUCAGGACUAAGGAGCCCUGCUGCUCAAACAGUCGGCUCACCAAGUGUGAGCACUGAAAAUUUAUCGCGUCUUUCUCGUGCACCAUCAUUGCCUCGAAAUAGAGGCAGGAGUGGAAUUCCUGUAGCACAUCAUCGAGAAUUUCCUACGCGAGGAGCUGCUAACUUUAGAAGUGUUUCGGCCGUUGAUGCAAAUGCAGCCCAACGAGCUCGAGCUCGUGCACAAUAUGCUAAUAUGUCUCGUCUUAAAAUGACUCCAGGAACAGCGUCAGUGCAAGGCCAUUAUGCACAGCAAGCUCGUACGAAGAAAAUUACUAGUGUAAAUGCAACACCCUCUCAACCAUCACCAGAACGGCAAGUUAGAUCCAGACAAGCUGGAGUUUCACAGUCACAACCUACAUCAAGAAGUACAUCGCCCUCAUCACGUUUACAGUAUAGCACAUAUGCUGGAACUUAUAGACAAACUGGAACAGUACCGAAGAAGACAACAGGCAUUCCAAGAUCGUUGGCAAAUUCUCGAGAAACGAGUCCAUCACGGGGUAGUCAAUUUGGGUCAUUAAAUCGACGUCAAAUGUACAACACGAGCAGUCCAAGACGAGGUGAAAGACCCCCAUUAAAUCCAGGUCGUGCAUAUUCAGCACAGAAAAUGUUACAACAGAGUCGAGAAGCUGAAUCUGCACUUGCAGAUGUUAUUUCGCCAGAUGAACAAGAUUUUCAAAAUGACUUGGCACGAUUAACAUUAAAUCGAAAGAUUUCUCGUGAGGAAUCAGACGAUGGAAGUGAGGCAUCAUCACAAUGUUCAGAACGUUCGUUUGAUUCGUAUCGACGUGGAAAUGAUUCAUUUUCAUGGAAUGGCUCAAGAACACGACUUGAUGGAUCGGCAAAGUUUAUUGAGGAUAUUGAAACAAUUAUUCAGUAUUGCUCAUCGUCACAUUGGAAUGAGAGGAAAGAUGGAUUGACGAAUUUAACACAAUAUUUAUCGGAAGGAAAGAUGUUGACACCACAUCAGCUUCAAUGCAUUUUAGAUUUAUUUAGAAAAAUGUUUAUGGAUCCUCACAUAAAAGUCUAUUCAUUAUUUUUGGACACAGUUAAUGAAUUGAUUUUAUCGCAUUCACAAGACCUUCAUGAUUGGCUGUUUAUAUUAUUGACAAGAUUGUUCAAUAAAUUAGGCACUGAUUUGCUAGCUUCAAUGCUCACAAAAAUAUGGAAGACAUUAAAUCUCAUCUACGAAUACUUUCCAGCUAAUUUGCAAAUACAAAGCGUCUUUAAAAUACUCACAGACUCGACACAGACGCCUAAUGUUAAGACAAAGCAUGCAACAGUGAAAUUUUUAACUUCUUUGGCACAAUCUUAUUGCACUGCAGAGCAUUUCCUCAUGACGCCGCCAGCUGAUAAGGCUAUCCUCAAAAUUAUUCAAUAUUCGUGCGAUCAGAAGAGCAUGGAAUUGAGAAAUCAAGCCAAAUAUUGUAUCCUUGCACUAUACAAUUGUAAUCCAGCAAAUAUGACAUUCCUUUUAGCAAGUAUGCCGAAGCAGUUUCAGGAUGUUACCAAAUCGUAUAUUCAGCAGUCUAUUAGUAGAAAAAGUACAUCAGGAAACAACAGUCCUUCGAGUCCCAUUUCUGCCUCAAGUCCAAAAUUGUUGUUAAGUCCUCAACAAUAUGGCCAGUACAGUAGUCUACAAAAUCAUGUUCCUAGUCCUAGAUCACGACAGACAAGUGUCGAAGUCGAUCAUCCAAUAAGUCAUGAAGAAAUUUAUAAGAAUUUGCGUAAAACUACAGCUGAGAUUCAAAAUUAUAGCUUUGAAAGUAAGUUAGAUCGUGAUGCAAAUAGCAAAGAUUCGGGAAUAAGCCAGAUGGGUGGAGAUCAUUUACUUCUUGCGCCAGCAAACGGAUUUAAUAAUGGACAUGCUGGCUCUCUUGACAAAGAUGAUUCCGUGAAUGGUUCAAAAACACAAUCAGCAGCAACAACAGAAUCAAACACACCUGAAAAUACAGUUAGAUUAGACAAUAUGAGUCAUAAGCAAAGCCAUAACUAUCAUAUUGAAAAUAACGAAGUUGUACUUGAUCGAGGUCUCAGGGAAAGCGAAGUUGUGAAACAAACAAUUUCAAUUGCGACAUUAGAAAAUAGCGAUUCUGAAUACAUUUCUCAAGUCCUUGUUAAUUUAAUGACAUGCAUUAGGCAUGGUAAUUGUGAACUUCCAAUUAAAAACUUCAAACAAAUCAUGAUAACAUUACUAAAACUAAUCGAAUCACAAGACAGUUCAGUAAUGAUUGCUGGACUACAGACUCUUUCAAGGAUCAUAAGAAGUCCACCAAUGCGACUAUGUUGGACAAAUUUUCUCGAAUUAAUAUUACUAAAAAUUAUCGACUCUUACAAGUCUGGAAAAGAGGUUCAACGAGAAAUUGACAUUAUAAUAACAAAAAUAUCUGCUGUUUUGCCUGUUGAUGCAUCAAUUAACAUUUUAAAUCCAGUAAUUGCUACCGGUGACUUCCCAAACAAUUUAUGUGCGCUUAAAAUUUUACGCGAUAUGGCAGAUCAACAAGGAAAGGAUUUUAACGAUAAUCACUUAGAUAUUCUAAUGCCAAAUAUAGCUAGGUUAGCAGAUGUCGAAGAAUCAAUGGUUCGUAAAGCAGCUGUAUUUUGUAUCGUUAAAUUGUAUUCUGUGAUGGGCGAGGAGAAAGUAAAGCCGAAGUUUUCGCUCCUUAACGCGAGCAAAAUUAGACUCAUAAAUGUAUAUAUCAGCAAGAACCAGUCAAAAUCAUGAUCGCGAAGCUAUCAUUAUUAUCAACAUUGAUUACUGUUUUCAACAAGGAAAUUGGCGAAAAAGAUUAAGAAGAUGGGUAGAAAGAAAUUUUCGGCAAUUCCUGAAUAAAUGUAGUGGAGAUAGAACAAAAUGACAUGCUGCAUACAAUUUUUUUUAUCAUCGCCAAAAAUCAUUGUGUUUUUGAUGCAUUAUAAGAAUGCUAAUGAAUAUUAAACAAACAAAAAAAAAAUUAUCCUUAUUACGUACAUAUAACUAUAUAAUGCAUCAUCAUAUCCAUUAAAAAAAACAAAAAUUUAGUCUUCAAACAAAUAUUUUUGCAGUUAAUCAAUAUCCACAUAAGAGAAAGUGAAUAAGAAAGAAAUUGAUUAAUUUAAAAUGAUAAGAAAAAAAUAGAUUUUAAUGCUAAGGUGCGAAAUAACAAUUAUUAAGAAGAAAGAAAGAAAGGAAUGUUAGAAUGUUGAAAAAUAAAGUAAUGUGAAGCUUUUGUGCUUAGUAAAGAGCAUAAGAAAAAUGUUGGUAUAGAUAUUGAUUGAUUAAUGUUCAAUAAUUUGUAAUUAAGAUGAAAAAGUUUCAUUAUUUUUCUGCUUAAAUCUCUCAUAUUGCGCUUAAAAUUUAAUUAGCAAUUUGUUCUUUUCAUCCCUUUUAGCUUUAAUACUUUUCAUUAUUAUUCCUUUAAAACGCAACCCACAACACAUAAAACACCAUCCAUUACACAAUCUUUUAUUUUUCAAAAAAAAAAUAAUGAUGAAAAUCUAUAAAUUUUAAUAAAACUCAAUUUUAAAAAGUUAUUCUGCCUAAUUGUGAUUGAUAUUCUUUUUUUUUCAGGUGUUUCAUAAAUGAUUGUUCGAUGCUAAUAGUGCUGGAAAACCAUACAAUUGCACUUUGAGAGGGUUAUUUGUGAAAACCUUACAAUAGCGAAAAUUUCUACUUGCUGUUGAAUGGUUUUCAAUUUUGAAUUUACAAUGACAGUUAUUUUUGAAACAUUACAA